AUGGGUCGACUUAUUCCUCGCAUCACAGCCUAUAAUUGGGCAAUCGUGAUGCUGCUUGCUACUGGCCCGAUGGCUUGCGGUUAUGCAAUGUCGUAUCUGAGUGGCGCGAUCGGACAGCAUGGCUUCUAUGUGUCCAUGGGCUACCCUGACGACCCCAGUGACCCCGGUUAUAAGCGCACGUCACAUUUCCUCAGUGCGGCCUCCGGGACUUUCAUCGGAGGUGCCUCAGUAGGGGCUGUUAUGGCUGCUUGGGCCGCAGAUGCGUUGGGCCGAAAACUCAGCCUGCCACUGACUACACUGGUCUAUAUGGUCGGUGGAUCUCUCCAAAGUGGUGCUGUCAACCCGUCCAUAUUUCUCGCGGCGCGGUUCUUGUCUGGCGUUGGCAUGGGCUCGCUGCUUGCAGUAGCGCCGAUGUAUCAAGCUGAAGUCUCACCUCCAGAAUCACGCGGAUUUAUCUUCGACGCCGCCGAAUUUUGUUGUUAG